AUGGCACCGCAGCUUGAGCCUUUUUUCCAGCAGGUCGAUUAUUUGUCUGAUUCCUUUAUUGACCGAUUGCGAAAUGCUGUUGCUAUUCCGUCCAUUUCUGCACAAGAUGAGAACAGAAAAGAUGUUUUCAAGAUGGCAGAAUUCCUUGCAUCGGAGCUGGCAGCCUUGGGAGCCGAAGUACAACAACGGCCACUAGGUAAACAACCUGGAAAAGAACAUCUCGAACUCCCCCCAGUUGUUAUUGCUCGCUAUGGCAAUGACAAAAACAAGCGCACUAUAUUAGUCUACGGUCAUUACGAUGUGCAACCUGCCUUGAAGGAAGACGGCUGGAGUACUGAACCUUUCAAAUUGACAGUCGAUAAUCAUGGAAGGAUGUACGGUCGUGGAAGCACAGACGAUAAAGGCCCAGUUUUAGGUUGGCUGAAUGUGAUUGAAGCCCACAAAAAAGCCGGAGUUGAGCUACCAGUGAAUCUUCUUUGCUGCUUUGAAGGUAUGGAGGAGUAUGGCUCUGAAGGCUUGGAAGAGUUUAUUCAGUCUGAAAGCAAAAGCUUUUUCAAGGAUGCAGACGCUGUUUGCAUUUCUGAUAACUACUGGCUUGGCACUGAGAAACCCUGCCUUACUUACGGCUUGCGUGGUUGUAACUAUUACUCUAUCAGUGUCUCUGGCCCUGCUCAAGAUCUGCAUAGCGGGGUGUUCGGUGGCUCUGCCCAUGAGCCAAUGACUGACCUUGUCCAUAUACUGUCCAAACUCGUCGAUUCGCAUGGCAACAUUUUGGUGCCUGGGAUCAUGGACCUGGUCGAGCCCUUGACAGAAGAGGAAAAUUCUCUGUACCCGAAUAUCAGCUAUACAAUGGACAAUUUACACGAAUCCUUGGGUAGCCAAACAAGCAUCCACCCAACCAAAGAACAGACUCUUAUGGCACGAUGGAGAUAUCCAUCCCUGUCUAUUCACGGUGUUGAGGGUGCAUACUCGGCCCCCGGUGCGAAAACAGUUAUUCCGGCAAAAGUCAUCGGCAAGUUCUCAAUUCGGACUGUUCCAAAUAUGGAAAGUGUGGAUGUCAAUAGGCUCGUCUUUGGUUAUAUCAAGGCUGAAUUUGCCAAAUUGAACAGCAAAAAUACUUUGGACGUAUGGCUCCAGCACGACGGGAAAUGGUGGGUAUCCAGCCCGAAACAUUGGAACUUCACAGCAGCAAGUAAGGCAGUGAAGCAAGUGUUCGGCGUUGAACCAGACAUGACCCGUGAGGGUGGCAGUAUUCCCGUUACGUUGAGCUUUGAACAGGCAACAGGUAAGAAUGUUCUGCUUUUGCCAAUGGGUAGCUCAACCGACGCUGCCCAUUCCAUCAAUGAGAAGCUUGAUAAGAGGAAUUACAUCGAAGGUACCAAGCUGCUAGGUGCCUAUUUACAUUAUGUUGCGGAGGAGCCCACGAAGGCUUGA